AUGCCCAAGCCGCACUCAAAGGCUUCGCCACUACAGAACAAAGCGGUCUCGAGCCCUAGGACAACUUACCAGAGACAAGAUGAGGGAAGCCCUUCACCAAACAACUCUGACGGCCUUCAGACACCUGAUACUCGGACUAUUCGUAUCCGCAAGGACUUUUCAGUAACCCAUGCGAAUAAGAGAUUCGGGUUGCAACAGAUCCCCCAGUUACCGUCAACGGACAGACUGAGUCAGCAUCUUCGCGGACUAAGUCUCAAUACCGCGAUGUAUCCACGAGUCCAAUCACAAGAGCCGAAAGACCCCACAUUCUUACCGACAGGUGAACUUCUCAACAUCGUUCCAAUUUCUCGCUCCAGCGCACGCGAUCCCACGUUGGAGAUGGCACGAACAGUCUUUUUCUCCAUCCAUCGGAUACACUGGCUCAUCGAAGCUUUAUCAGAUCUCACAAGUGAUGGAGACUCUAGACAAUCAAGUCUUCAUAUGGUAGCAUAUAACGCAAGCCUCCAUCUUGGCGAGCUUGGAGAGCAGAUUCAGACAUAUGCCGAGGCUGAUGAGAUGUCGAAGAUGAAACAAGACAUCAACCAGAUCAGGGGCGCUUGCAGUGUUCUAACAAAGGCUCUAUCUAUUCGGAAAACUGGUCCAGGACAUGCUAAACGCCCCUCAAACGACGACGCAGCUCCUCAAGAGUAUCCGUGGACACCCCCACCACCAGCACGUACAUUGACAUUGGAUGGGGAAUCUGAGCUCCUUCAUCAACUAUACACAGCUCUAUGCCGACUAUGCAAGCUCAUUCCAGAGACUCUACCAUCUACCGGCCGCAGGUUUCAAGCACAGAUCCAGAACAUAAAGACGCAACACUCUGCCAUAGAUGCGUGCUCCAGAGUCAUCAGGUUAUCAGAAACUGUCAAGCAAAGUCUUGAAAUUUUCCAUAUGAACUUGAGCGCUCCGCUUCGCAACCUCUAUUAUCAACUUGUUGAUGCCUGGGCUACCUUUGGUGGUGUUGUGAAAUCGCUCAACAGCCAACUGGGUAUUGACCCAGAUUCAAGAAAGGAACUCCAAAAAAUCCAGCAACUUGUUAAAGAAGUGAUGCACUGCUUGGGAAUUUUGCCGAUGAAGACGAAUGCCAACGCAGCAUUCAAUGAUAGUUCUCCGUUGUCACCACAGCAGGCAUCGCUGGGACCGGCAAUCCAGGCGACGAUCUCACAAUCGCCAUAUCUCAGCUAA